ACCCUCACUUCCCUCUGGCCUCUCAGAGCCUCUUGGAUCCCCACGGGGUAAUGGGUGUCCCGAUCUCACGGGGGACUCUGUGAUCUGUGAUCCCCUGACCCUCCUAGAGCACAACUUGGCCAGGCUCGCCGGGCUCCCGCACCACUGCCUGUCAGGUCCACCGCCAGCCCCAAGCCCCCCACCAGCCAUGAGCUCCUCCGGAAAGGACCACCUCGGUGCCAGCAGCUCAGAGCCCCUCCCAGUCAUCAUCGUGGGUAACGGCCCCUCUGGUAUCUGCCUGUCGUACCUGCUCUCCGGCUACACACCCUACGUGAAGCCAGAUGCCGUCCACCCACACCCCCUGCUGCAGAGGAAGCUCACCGAGGCCCCGGGGGUCUCCAUCCUGGACCAGGACCUGGACUACCUGUCUGAAGGCCUCGAAGGCCGAUCCCAAAGCCCCGUGGCCCUGCUCUUUGAUGCCCUUCUGCGCCCAGACACAGACUUUGGGGGAAACAUGAAGUCGGUCCUCACCUGGAAGCACCAGAAGGAGCACGCCAUCCCCCAUGUGGUCCUGGGCCGGAACCUCCCCGGGGGAGCCUGGCACUCCAUCGAAGGCUCCAUGGUGACCCUGAGCCAAGGCCAGUGGAUGGGGCUCCCGGACCUGGAGGUCAAGGACUGGAUGCAGAAGAAGCGAAGAGGCCUUCGCAACAGCCGGGCCACAGCCGGGGACAUUGCCCACUACUACAGGGACUACGUGGUCAAGAAGGGUCUGGGGCAUAACUUUGUGUCCGGUGCUGUAGUCACAGCCGUGGAGUGGGGGACCCCCAAUCCCAACAGCUGUGGGGCCCAGGACUCCAGCCCCCUCUUCCAGGUGAGCGGCUUCCUGAGCAGGGACCAGGGCCGGCAGCCCUUCUCGCUGUGGGCCCGCAACGUGGUCCUCGCCACAGGCACGUUCGACAGCCCAGCCCGGCUGGGCAUCCCCGGGGAGGCCCUGCCCUUCAUACACCAUGAGCUGUCCGCUCUGGAGGCAGCCACAAGGGUGGGUGCGCUGACCCCGGCCUCGGACCCUGUCCUCAUCAUUGGCGCGGGGCUGUCAGCGGCUGAUGCCGUCCUCUACGCCCGCCACUACAACAUCCCGGUGAUCCAUGCCUUCCGCCGGGCCGUGGACGACCCCGGCCUGGUGUUCAACCAGCUGCCCAAGAUGCUGUACCCUGAGUACCACAAGGUGCAUCAGAUGAUGCGGGAGCAGUCCAUCCUGUCACCCAGCCCCUACGAGGGUUACCGCAGCCUCCCCGGGCACCGGCUGCUGUGCUUCAAGGAAGACUGCCAGGCCGUGUUCCAGGACCUCAAGGGUGUCGAGAAGGUGUUUGAGGUCUCCCUGGUGCUGGUCCUCAUCGGCUCCCACCCCGACCUCUCCUUCCUGCCUGGGGCAGGGGCUGACUUUGCAGUGGACCCUGACCAGCCACUGAGCACCAAGAGGAACCCCAUUGACGUGGACCCCUUCACCUACCAGAGCACCCGCCAGGAGGGCCUGUACGCCAUGGGGCCGCUGGCCGGGGACAACUUCGUGAGGUUUGUGCAGGGGGGAGCCCUGGCUGUGGCCAGCUCCCUGCUAAGGAAGGAAACCAGGAAGCCACCCUAACACCCGGCCAGACCUGCUGGCUCCCAGGCCCUGAGAGGACAAAGAUGACCACAUCCCUGCUGGAUGUAGGGCCCGUCCAAAGAUGCCCCAGGGAGGGGCGUCAGCCCACAUAGCUGGCCUUUGGGGUCAAGAGGAGUAGGGAUCCCAGUGUCUGAGGUGGUAACAGUGGCCACAGGCCAAGGUCGGCCUAGACCUAGGAUUUGGGGGGAAAGCUGCUGGUGUGAGCUGGGAUCACCAGGACCAGCUGAGCACCCAGCAGGAGACCUGCAGGCCUGCGCCUUCCAGAAGCAGGUCCCAAAUAAAGCCAGUGCCCACCUGCA